AUGAUGACCGCGGGGCAAUGUACGGUGCGCGAACUGGCGAGUACUCCAUCUACUCCGUCGGUGAAGCCAUAUAAUACCCCAGGAAAACGCCUCCAUUCUCAAAAGUCCGUAGAUCAGCUAUACAAGCCAUUCAAAUGCCCAGGUUCCGCCGCUCGAACACCUGCGACCGACCGACCCGCCCGAAAACGAAAGAAGGUAGAUUAUAAAGGUGCUGGUGGUGACGGUGGCGAAGAUAAACCCUACACAAAUGCCGAUAGGUUGGCUUUAGCAAAUCGAGAUGUCAAUCAAUUCCCCGUAUUCCAAGCGAAAGACAAGGAUAAGGUGUUUAAGAAGGCAUUUUGUGUGCCCUUAAUCAACAAGGAGAGCGCGGCGUACAAUCCCAACCGUCCCCCUCCAACCCUCGGAUUAAGGCAAGGAGCUGUUUUCGUGGCUAAACCUCUGCAUGAUCCAAGUGGGGAGUUCUCUAUUGUGCUCCAUGAUCCUACCGUUGACGAUCGACCGAAAGAGACCCUCACACCAAAAGAAGACGCACCCAAAGAUGAUCCCGCAGAGAAGCUAGAUGCACCUCUAGUACAUAAGAGUUUAGCUGAGAUCCUAGGUAUCAAAAAGAAGGUUGACAAUGAACAUCCCAGAGUUCCAGUCGUCAUCGAUCCGAAACUCGCUAAAGUUCUACGACCACAUCAGAUCGAAGGUGUCAAGUUUAUGUACAGGUGUGUCACUGGAAUGAUAGAUGAGAAGGCCAACGGUUGUAUUAUGGCCGAUGAAAUGGGUCUGGGAAAGACCCUUCAAUGUAUCACACUUCUUUGGACACUUCUCAAGCAGUCUCCCGAUGCCGGCAAGACAACAAUUCAGAAAGCCAUUGUUGCCUGCCCCUCUAGUUUAGUCCGAAACUGGGCCAAUGAACUCACCAAAUGGCUUGGUGCAGAUGCCAUUACCCCCUUUGCGAUCGAUGGAAAAGCAUCUAAGGAGGAAUUGACAAGACAGUUGCGCCAAUGGGCAAUAUCAACUGGUCGCGCUGUCACUCGACCAGUCAUUAUAGUCUCGUACGAGACAUUACGACUGAAUGUUGAGGAGCUUAAGAACACUCAGAUCGGUCUAAUGUUAUGUGAUGAGGGUCAUAGAUUGAAAAAUGGCGACAGCCGAACGUUUACCGCUCUAAAUAAUCUCAGGGUUACACGAAGGGUUAUUCUUUCUGGUACACCCAUUCAGAAUGACCUUUCGGAAUAUUUCUCCUUGAUCAGCUUCGCAAACCCCGGCUUGCUUGGUAACCGACUCGAAUUCCGAAAACGAUUCGAACUUCCCAUCCUUCGAGGUCGAGAUGCCGUCGCUAGUGAAGACGAGCGCACGAAGGGCGACGAACGUUUGAACGAAUUACUUGGCAUCGUUAACAAAUUCAUCAUCCGACGCACUAACGAUAUUUUAUCCAAGUAUCUUCCCGUCAAGUACGAGCAUGUCGUAUUUUGCAAUCUGGCUCCAUUCCAGCUAGACUUAUAUAACUACUUCAUCAAAAGUCCCGACAUUCAAGCUCUCCUGCGUGGUAAAGGAAGCCAACCCCUUAAGGCCAUCACUCUACUCAAGAAGUUAUGCAAUCAUCCAGAUCUGCUCAACCUAGCAGAGGAUCUACCAGGCUGUGAACAAUAUUGGCCGGAAGAUUACACGCCAAAGGACGCACGUGGCCGUGAUCGAGACGUCAAACCAUGGUAUUCCGGGAAGAUGCAAGUGCUCGACCGUAUGCUCGCGCGCAUUCGCCAAGACACGAAUGACAAGAUCGUCCUAAUCAGUAAUUAUACUUCAACCCUUGACCUCUUUGCUCAGCUUUGCCGCCACCGUCAAUAUGGCCAUCUACGUCUCGACGGUACUAUGAACGUGAGCAAGCGCCAGAAGCUUGUUGACAAGUUCAACGACCCGGAGGGUGGUGAGUUUGUGUUUUUGCUUUCUAGCAAGGCCGGUGGAUGUGGUCUCAAUCUUAUCGGUGCUAAUCGUCUCGUCCUCUUCGAUCCCGACUGGAAUCCAGCUGCCGAUCAGCAAGCUCUUGCCCGUGUGUGGCGUGAUGGACAGAAGAAGGAUUGUUUCGUCUAUCGCUUCAUCGCAACCGGUACGAUCGAAGAGAAGAUCUUCCAGCGUCAGAGUCAUAAGCAGUCGCUUUCAUCUUGUGUGGUUGACUCGGCCGAGGACGUAGAACGCCAUUUCUCUCUCGACAGUUUACGAGAACUAUUCCAGUAUAGACCUGAUACCCUCAGCGACACGCACGAUACCUUCAAGUGUAAGCGUUGCAAACCCGAUGGUAGACAGUAUAUUAAGGCACAGGCUAUGCUCUAUGGUGAUACCAGCACUUGGAAUCACUUUGUCAACAAGGACUUGAUGCCUAUUCAAGAUCUAUUGCUACGUCAAGAAUGCGGGGAGAACGAGGUUUCCGCUGUGUUCCAGUACAUAUCUCAUUAA